AUGAUAACUGAAGACCCGAUGGAGAAACAGCAGGAGAAACAGCAGGAGAAAUAUCAGGAGAAACAUCAAGAGAAACAGCAGGAGAAACAGCAGGAGAAACAUCAGGAGAAACAGCAGGAGAAAUAUCAGGAGAAACAGGAGAAACAGCAGGAGAAAUAUCAAGAGAAACAUCAGGAGAAACAGCAGGAGAAACAUCAGGAGAAACAUCAAGAGAAACAGCAGGAGAAACAGCAGGAGAAACAUCAGGAGAAACAGCAGGAGAAACAUCAGGAGAAACAGCAGGAGAAAUAUCAGGAGAAACAUCAGGAGAAACAGCAGGAUAAACAUCAGGAGAAACAGCAGGAGAAACAGCAGGAGAAACAGCAGGAUAAACAUCAGGAGAAACAGCAGGAGAAACAUCAGGAUAAACAGCAGGAUAGACAGCAGGAGAAACAUCAGGAGAAACAGCAGGAUAAACAGCAGGAGAAACAGCAGGAGAAACAGCAGGAUAAACAGCAGGAGAAACAUCAGGAGAAACAGCAGGAUAAACAGCAGGAGAAACAGCAGGAGAAACAGCAGGAUAAACAUCAGGAGAAACAGCAGGAGAAACAUCAGGAGAAACAGCAGGAGAAACAGCAGGAGAAACAUCAGGAGAAACAGCAGGAGAAACAUCAGGAGAAACAUCAGGAGAAACAGCAGGAUAAGCAUCAGGAUAAACAGCAGGAGAAACAGCAGGAGAAACAGCAGGAGAAACAGCAGGAGAAACAUCAGGAGAAACAGCAGGAGAAACAUCAAGAGAAACAGCAGGAGAAACGUCAGGAUAAACAGCAGGAGAAACAUCAAGAGAAACAGCAGGAGAAACAGCAGGAGAAACAUCAGGAGAAACAGCAGGAGAAACAGCAGGAUAAACAUCAGGAGAAACAUCAGGAUAAACAUCAGGAUAAACAGCAGGAAAAACAUCAGGAGAAACAGCAGGAGAAACAUCAGGAUAAACAUCAGGAUAAACAUCAGGAUAAACAUCAGGAGAAACAGCAGGAGAAACAGCAGGAUAAACAGCAGGAGAAACAUCAGGAGAAACAGCAGGAUAAACAUCAGGAUAAACAUCAGGAGAAACAUCAGGAUAAACAGCAGGAAAAACAUCAGGAGAAACAGCAGGAGAAACAGCAGGAGAAACAGCAGGAGAAACAUCAAGAGAAACAGCAGGAGAAACAUCACGAUAAACAGCAGGAGAAACAUCAGGAUAAACAGCAGGAGAAACAGCAGGAGAAACAGCAGGAGAAACAGCAGGAGAAUCAACAAGAGAAACAUCAAGAGAAACAGCAGGAGAAACAGCAGGAGAAACGUCAGGAGAAACAUCAGGAGAAACAGCAGGAGAAACAGCAGGAGAAACGUCAGGAGAAACAUCAGGAGAAACACCAGGAGAAACAGCAGGAGAAACACCAGGAGAAACAGCAGGAGAAACAUCAAGAGAAACAGCAGGAGAAACGGCAGGAGAAACAUCAAGAGAAACAUCAAGAGAAACAGCAGGAGAAACAUCAGGAGAAACAGCAGGAGAAACAGCAGGAGAAACAGCAGGAGAAACAUCAAGAAAAACAUCAAGAGAAACAGUAG